GUUCCCAGUUUUGCUCUUGAAACGUCUGCCUGCCUGCGGAUGACAAAUAACGUGUCCUGAGACCAAGGAAGACUCGUUGGCCUUGUGAGUUGAACCCGGAACCUCUCCGCACCAGUUCUGACAUGGAUGUGCAGAGCCUGGCAAGCCAGAGUGCAGGAAAAGGCCCUGAAGCCGUCCAGGCUGAGGGUGGUGGGCAACUCUGGCAAAAAACACGGCCGAAAAUCCUAGACGUGGACACAGCCAGCUCAGAGGUUCAGCGCCAGCGCUUCAGAUGUCUCCACUACCAGGAGGCCAAGGGGCCCCGGGAGGUUUGCAGCCGCCUCCACCAUCUUUGCCACCAGUGGCUGAAGCCAGAAAGGAGCACGAAAGCUCAGAUACUGGACCUGGUGAUCCUGGAGCAAUUUAUGGCUGUCCUGCCCCCGGAGAUGGAGAACUGGGUGAGAGAAUGUGGAGUGGAGACCAGUUCCCAGGCGGUGGCCCUGGCAGAAGGCUUCCUCCUGAGCCAGGCAGAGGACAAGAAGCAGGAAGAGGAGCAGGAACGGGAGGUGUCUGCUGAAUCUUCUGGCUCGUCGCUUUCCCGGGGGAUCUCGCAGGAGGAGCAAACUUGGCACACCUCACUGGCCAACAGAAUGACACCGCUGAUGCUCACGAAAACACCUCUGGUUUGUGGCGAUGCAGGAACGGCUGUUGCACAGCCAGCUCAGGGCCCCAUCUCCUUCGAGGAGGUGGCUGUGUAUUUCACCAACGAGGAGUGGGCCCUGCUCGAUUCAGGCCAAAAAUCCCUGCACCGGGAAGUCAUGCUGGAGAAUUCUCGGAAUGUGGCCUCUUCUGGUGACGGGUGGGACAGUAACAAUGAUGACAGACCGUGUGGGGCAUUGCCAGAGAGAAAGGAGCUUCAACAGAUGGAACAAGUCUUCAGAAAUCUAGAAGAAUCAAAGGAGCAGGACGGAAGCCAAGUGGAGCAUUUGAGGAAUCCAUCAUGGCUGGGGGAGAACUUCCACGAAAAUCCAGCUCAACAGGAAAAAGAAAAGAAAAGGUACGUCUGCCCCGUGUGUGAGAAAAUCUUCAACCACAAAUCACACUUCAACGUCCACCGUAGCAUCCACACGGGUCAGAAGCAACAUAAAUGUUUGGAGUGCGGAAAGUGCUUCCGUCAGGGUUCACACUUAACUGCCCAUCAGAGAAUCCACACAGGAGAGAGACCCUAUAAAUGCCUGGAGUGUGGAAAGAGCUUCAGGGAACGCGCACACUUUACUUCACAUCAAAGAAUCCACACAGGGGAGAAACCCUAUACCUGUUCAGAGUGUGGAAAGAGCUUCAGCAGGAGUGCAAACCUCGCUUCCCAUCUAAGAAAACACAAAGGCGACAAACCACACAAAUGCCUCGAGUGCGGAAAGAGCUUCAGGGAACGCACACACUUCAGUUCCCAUCGGAGAAUCCACACGGGAGAGAAACCAUAUACAUGUUCCGUGUGUGGAAAGAGCUUCAACAGGAGCACAAACCUGGCUUCCCAUCUAAGAAAACACACAGGGGAGAAACCGUACAACUGCACAGUAUGUAAUAGGAGCUUUUGCGACAAAUCGGGCUUGAAUCUACAUCAGUUAAUUCAUUCCAGGGAUAAGCCGCAUAAAUGUUUGGUAUGUGGCAAGAGUUUCAUUCGGCGUUCCCAGCUUACUUCCCAUGAAGGAAUCCACACAGGGGAGAAGCCAUACAAAUGCUUGGUGUGUGGGAAGAGUUUUCAUCGGAGCUCCAACCUUACAUCACAUCAAAGAAUCCAUGUAGGAGAGAAACGUUUCAACUGCUCAGAAUGUAGCAAGAGCUUCUAUGAGAAAUCACGCCUUCUUAAACACCAAAGAAUCCACACAGGGGAGAAACCGUAUGAAUGCCUGGAGUGUGGAAAGAGCUUCAGCCAGAGGAUAUAUCUGACUUCCCACCAAAGAAUGCACAACACAGACAAGCCAUAUAAAUGCUUGGAGUGUGGAAAGAGCUUCCAUCGUAGUGAUAACUUUACUUUGCAUCAAAGAACUCACACAGGGGAGAAACCAUAUGAAUGCUUGGAGUGUGGAAAGAGCUUCAGUCAAAGAUCAAGCCUUACUUCUCAUCAAAGAAUCCACACAGAAGAGAAACCAUUUCAGUGUUUGGAGUGUGGAAAGAGCUUCAGUCAGAGGAGAAACCUUAUUAGACAUCAAAAAAUCCACUCCGGAGAAAAGCCACAUCCGUGCUUGGAAUGUGAAAAGAGCUUUUAUGAUACGUGUAAGCUUAAGCAACACCAGAAAAGUCACAGAGAGGAAGGAAAACCGAUAAUGUCUUGGAGCGUUGAAAUGGCUUCAGAUGGUGUGCCAGUCUUAUGUCCUCUCAGAGAAUUCAAACAGGAAGAGCAAUAUAACAUUUCUGAGAUUGAGUAAAAAACGUCUUGUUCACUUGGCCCUUAUAAACAUUAGAGAAUUCCUGCUCAAAAGAUACUUUCCCAUCCUGUCCUCAAUACUUGGGGGGGGGGGGGGUUAAACGAGCAUCUGUCAGCAUCAAAUAUAUUCAUUUGUAAAAAAAAAAAAAACUUUAAUGUAAUUCCUACGUAAUGCUGAUGGACCUUGGUUGUAACCACCACGUUGCAAAGAAGAGAAAGGCCCAAAUUUCUUGACUUGGGAUGUGUCCUCUCUCGUAACCUAUUAUGUAUGUUUGGUGCCUGUACUGUAUCUUCUCUUCACUCGUUCAAAACUACUCACCAACCAUCUUUGCAUAGCCUUCCUUUUAUUUUCCUUGGGCAGUGGCCAGCGGUGUCCUUCCCGUAGUGCAAAGGACUUUGCACCAGCAGAAGCAAGGUUCCAAACUCCGCAAGAGGAAAAUCCCUCUAAACUUGAGUUUGCACAAGCGCAGUUGCACCAUCGGCCGUGAAUCGCCCUUGCACAGCUCAUCCUGCAAUAGGGUGGUGCAUAGCUUUUCUGCAACCCACUGGCACGACUGUUUGCACAACCAAUUGUGCAAGCAUAAUGCACCACUGCUUGUGCAAUGGAAGCGUUCAGUGGUGCUCGGCUGGCACUAUUUCAGUUCGUGGAAUGAUGCUGUUGUAUACUGCCCCAAGUGCCUUAAUUUUUUGCCUUUUUUAUUUUUGUACCAAAAUAUAUACACUUAGUAUAUAAAAAAAGGUAAUUUCAUC